AUGUUCGGCAGCAUCCACAACUUUACCGCCAUCAUCAACCCGCCGCAAGCCGCUAUUCUAGCCAUCGGUGGCACGCGAAACGAGCUGUCGACGGAUGCGCAGCCGGUCUCUCGGUUUACCGUCACCCUCUGCUACGAUGCGCGCGCCAUCUCCGGCAGCUCGGCCCAUCUCUUCCUCAACCACCUCAGCAAGUCACUCUCCGAUCCAGAAUUCAUGCUACUCGAGCCCGUGAACGACAACAGCCUCAACUUUGACUUUACCAAACUUUUA